AUGAUUUGUGCAAUCUCAGGUGAAGAAAUUACUGAUCCCAUUGUAUCACCAAAAAGUGGUGCCGUAUUCGAAAGGAGGUACAUUGAAAACUACAUUAACACAAAUGGCACCGACCCCAUCAACAAUGAACCUUUGAAGAUUGACGAACUUAUACCGUUGAAAUUGGAAACCAACACCACAUCCAAUGGUGAUAUUUCUCCCGCAAUAUCAGUACCCAGUAUGUUGUCCAGAAUACAAACCGAGUACGAGGCGCUGCUUGCUGAAAUCUCCCAACUUCGAAAAAACGUCGAGUCAUUGAAAGAAGAAUUGAGCACAAGCUUGUACCGACAAGAUGCGGCGAUCAAUAUUGCGACAAAAGCCAUAAAGGAAAGAGAUGAAGCUAAAGAGGCAUUGGAGAAAUUUUCUGUCUCAGGAAAGAGAAAGGCUGAAGCUGAUGAGAAUGGAGUUGAUGUGGAACAAAAGAAGCAGAGAAAAGACAGUGGACACGACAGUAUUAACGACGUACAUGCUGCAAGAGACGAAUUAUUCAAAUUGCACAAGGCUUUAAAAGUCAAGCUGCCGUACCAGCUGGAUAAACUCACCAUCGUGGAUGAGAAUUUAAAAGACGACGUGUUUGGCUCACAUGUGGACCGAGUUCAAUUUCAUCCCUCAACAAAGGUGCUCAUUGGUACUCACAAGAAUGAAGUUUUGCAAUAUGACGUAAAGAGUGAGAAAGUGAAUGUAUGGAAAUCGGGCUUGAAAACAGUUGGUCAUGUUGUGUACAAUAAUAAUGGUAUUGUCGCUGCGGUAAUAGGCACAAAAGUGUCCUUCUCAAAUGGUGAUUCUUUGACGACGAAAAGGAAAAUAUUGUCAAUCACUGGUCAUCCCUCUUUGAAUCUAUUUGUUAUAACGACAGCAGGCAAUUGGCUCAUGACAAACACAAAGGAGAUUCUAGCGACGCAUCCAACCGACUCCGACUUCACGAAAGGCGAAAUUCACGGGGACGGAGAGAUUUUUGCCGCUUACGAUGGGGAUGAGGUCAAAUUAAUGAGUAUUGUAUCUGGAGAAGAACUCGCUUCGUACAAAGUCGAAAACAAGCACGUGCAGAAGAUUUCAUUCGCUGCUAAUGGAUACUGGCUUCUAGUACUGUCUACGUCAGAUUCAAAAAACUCAAUCCAGGUGUUUGACUUGAGAAAGAAUGUUGAAGUCAACAAGUUGGAACUUCCAAGCCAGGCACACGUAGACAAGUUUAUCAUUGAUCCUUCAUCGAGCUUGAUUGUGGUGGAAGCCGAUUCGGGGUACUCGACUUAUUCGUAUUUGAAAAAAUCACGAAGCUGGAAUGAAAUUGAGUCGCCAUUUCAAAGUGGUAAUAGGUUGAAGGGAGAGUUGUUUCUUUUUUCAAGUGGUGAAGAUGUCGUUAAUGAAGGAAACGUGAAGUUCAUAAGCUACAACAGCGAAAAUGGUAGCUGUACUAUAACGAAGUUGACUGAAGAGAAAGCGAAAUAG